AUGACGGACAGGAAAUCCAGCGAAGAUGCCGGCCAUGCGGCUGGAAUGAACCGCGGGAGUGGUGGUGCUGGCAAUAGCUCAGCAUCCCGCCGGGUUUCACUGCCAGCAGACUUUGCUCUCUCUCCAUCGACAAGCGGAAACCAUCCGGCAUCUCGGCGGGCGGGAGCCCGGGUUGACAACGCAGGCAAUGCCCGACAACCAACGCGACUGGAGCAGCAACCAUCGGCACCGAGACCGCCAACAGGGACAACAAGCCCGUCCGCGGACAGCAACGGCUCGACCUUGCGUACCACCACAGAACACCGGCGGCUCCAUAUAACGCCUGUGGUCUUUCGAAGCCGCCGAGUGCGGUCUACACGCUUCUCUCGCUACCGAGGAAGCAGACCCCCGGCUCCACCACACGACUCCCCCGUGGAAGAAUGGUCCCCAGACUCGGAUGAUUGGGAAGACGUCCGCACGUCCAAGCAGAGAGCUCGCUCGGCGACACCAAAGAGAGCCAAGAGAGCCACCGAGGCCGAAGAGUCAUCUGACUCCAGCGACCGCGUGGGCGUCCACCCCUCCAUCUAUCACGCUCGCUCCGUGGCCCGCCGACGCAACACGGACCAGAGCGGGCGACGCUACAGCGGCAACGACAGCCCACGCACGAAUCCCCGUAUCACUGAUAGCAUUGCGCCGUCUCCCACCAACCAGUCCUCGGCCAGCUCGGAAGAAGGCGGCCAAAACGCCGAUGACGAGGCCGUGGACGAUGUUGUCUACGACGGACCCCCCGAGCACCCAGCCGAUCGCCGUGCCAGCCAGGCGAGCAACCCGCGCCUGCACCUGGCCCUCCAGCGCCCGACGCCCACCUCCCUGAUGAACCGCACGGCGGCCGAGCGAGCCACGGCCGCCGCGCCCUCGAUCGCCGAAGCCGCCAACCGCGCGGCCGCUGCUCUGGCCGGCGCCAGUCCCCAACAGUCCACGCCCGCGGCCGUGUCGAACAGCAACCUCCCGCCGGGCGUCGUUCGAGCCAUUGGGCCCAACACGCGGAACCACGGGUACCGCAUCUCGUCGGGCCACACGCGCAAGAACAAGAGGGGCAAGGACGGCAACCUGUCGGUGCACCUGCGCUGGCGCCCUGACGGCUACGUGACACUGUCGGAGGGGUCGUCGACCAACACGACGCCUGGGAUACUCACGCCCUUGCCCCGGGACGAUCAUCCACAGCACCAGCAGCAACGACAACAACAACAACAGGAGGUGCUGCGGUUGGGGCCAGGAGUGCGUGAACCGAGUCCUCCUCCUCCUCCUCCUCCUCCUCGUCGACCGUCGGGACAAGAGGAGAAGCCGGAAGACAAAGAGGAGGAAAGGGCGGAGGAGGAGGAGGAGACGGGGAAGAUUCCGUACCAGGAUGGGGAUGUUUACUAUCCUUGA